GUUAUCUAUUAAUACAAUGGUGGAUGUUGAUGAAUUACAAUUGCUUAGACCAAGUAAGUAAGUGUGUAACUGAUUAAAGCAGAAAAAAAGAGGCAUAUUAAGAGUGGGUUUUUGAAUUAUGAGGAAACUAUAAAAAAAGGCGGUCACUUCAUGUAAUCAAUCUCCUGUGAACAAUUCCAUCCUUAUCAAACUUUUUCGUGGGAUUCAAAAUCAGAGGUUCCAGAAGUCUUUUAGUUGAAUAAACCAUAAGAUCAAUAAAAUUUAUUAGGGUCCAUGACACAUUUGUAACCAUCAAAUAAACCUUUUGAAUUAAACUUUGAAAUUCCAAGAUUGAGUGAUAAUAUGUCAAUUUCAUCUUUCUUGACUUAUAGACCAUUGACGGAAUCAAAAGUGAUUCCAAAUCCUUAAUUAACUUAAGAAAGCGAAACUAUUAUUCAAAAAGAAUUAAGCUUUUUCGAACUUUUGUAGGGUAGUCAAAUAAAAAGACCUAAAUAUUGGGAAGAUUUAUGUAUUAAAUUCUUUAAUUUAGGCAAUGAACAAAUUAACAAUUAAGCAGUUGAAUUGCAGCCAAUUUAAAUCAAGUAAAAAUAUGAGUGUAUUUCUUAAUUAAAAUCUUAAGGGUUGUUAAUUAUCACGUAGAAACAAUAUAUAUAAUUUGUAAUUUAGAUGAUAUUAGUAUUUAAUCAAACUUAUUUAGGGUUUUUAAAAUGAAUAUUUUGUGUUUGAUAUUGAUUAAUUAUCAUAUAUUUAGUAAUAAACUAUUUAUGUAGAAGAUAUGACUUGUCUUUAAUAAAUAACACAUAAACUUAUUGAUCUUGCCAAUUAUAUUCAAAAAUUACGAUUUUAUUUAUUAAAACCUUCCAAUACAAUUUUGAGAAGUAAAAUCAACACAAUAUUAUAAUCAUUUGUUGAUGAAAUUGAAUAAAAAAUACUUUAAAUUUCUAUAUUAGAUGAAAAUAUGACUAUCCUGCAUUUUUAUAUUUAUACAAAACAUUUACAUAAACAAAUCACAAUUAUUUUUGAUAUAUUUACAGCAGAUGAUUGUAAUUUGGUAAAUAAAGGACUUUAUGAUAAAAUAAUAUAGAUCAAUUAAAGAGAUGAAUUUCUUGUCAAAGCAUUUUAUGAAUUAAAUAAUUUUUAAUUAGAUAUUUUUGCUAAGGGAAUUAAUAGUUAGGAUAUAGAAUUAUAAAUUCCUUCACAUUUUCCAUCAUAAUUUUCAUCAACAUAUGCAAAUACUGUCUAAAGUCUUGCUUUAAUUACAUAAUUAAAAGUAUUAAAAAUUUAACAUGUUGAGGAAAUUUUAAGUAUUUGUUAAAUAUCAGAAUUGUACUUGUAAUAAAACUUAAAAUAAAAGAAUUAGAAUAUUUAAAACAUGUAUAAAUCGAAAGAUUAAAGUUUAAAAGAAAUAAUAAGAAAAUAUAAGAUUUUUAUAUAUUAAAAAGAACAAUAAGAUUAAAUAAAAAGAAAAAUAGAAUUUCAAAGAAUUUAAAUGUAAGUUAGAAUAUAAUAAUAAAAAUAUCUUGAAUCUUAGUAAGCAAAAUAAGCAUCAUAAAAAAAUCAACAAAAUGAAUUGUUAAUGCAAAUCGAAGUAAAUAGAAUUAAUAGAAAAUAUAAUAAAUUAAUAGAAAAUUAAGAAGAAAGGAAUCUUCAAUUAGAAUAAGAAUUAAAUGAAAAGAAAAAACUUUUAAAAGAAAAAGAACAAUUAUUGAUGCAACUUGCAGAAUUAGGUAUUAAUAUUUAAGAUGUAAAGAAAAAUAAAGAAAUUUCAAUUGAAAAUAAUCCUACUCCAAUAUAACUUAUAACAAAAAAAGCAGUAGAUAGUUUGAUAGAAGAGACUUAAAAAAGUUAGGAGGAAAAAUAAUUAACAGAAAAUUUAAAUUAAGAAAUUACUAAUGACAAUAUAAUAGAAGAAUUUGUUGAGAAGUAAAUUAACGAUGAAAAAAAACUUUAAUUGAAAUUAGAGAAUAGAAUAGAAAAGUUAGAGGAAGAAUUAUAAGAUAAUUCACAAUAUUCUUUUUAAUUAUAAUUAGAAGUUUGUAUUGGGAUGCAUGCUAGAUUACAUAAUUAGUUGGUAAAUAAGUCGAUUCAUUUUUUAUUAUUUGAAUAAUUGAACUUUAUAUAAUUAUGGAAUAAUAUCAAAAAAUACUAUUUCACUAGUGAUGGAGAUUUUGUUGAUUAAAAUGUAUUCUCAUUAAUUGACAAUGAAAAUAAUUUUGUUCCUAAUUAAUUGGCAGAACUUGAUAUUUUCCCAAAACUUAAAAGCAAAAGUAAGCUUGCAAGAGAAAGAUAAGGAUUUUAUGAAUGUUAAAUCUCUGAAUAACUUUAAAUAAAGAUAGAAUCAAAAGCAUAAUUGCUUAAAGCUUGUUUUACAAACUCAAUUCUGUAAUAAAUUUUAAUAUUUUUUGACUAAAUAAUUAAAUUAAGAUACUGUUCACACAAUUUAAGAAGAAAUUGGAAAUAUAUAUAAUUUAUAAAAGAUCCUAAAAUAGCUAAUAGUUAUGGAAUGCUACGUUAUUAAAUGUAAACUUUUAUUGACAUAUAUUAAAAUUAUAUAUUUUAUGAUGUCUUAGAAUCAACUUGGAAUGAUUUUAAAUAGCAGCUUUAAAAUGCAAAAUCUGUUGAUGAAAUUAUUAAUGUAGAAAGCAAUUAUCUAAAUAAAAUAUUAGAAACUACCCUAUUAAAAUCUGAUAAGAAAAUUAUAAAAGAAUCUUAUAAUUAAUGUUAAUAAAUGAUCAAUUAAUUCAUUUAAAUUGUAAGAUAUAAAAAAUAAUAUUAUAGUUAGAAUUUUAAUGCAAUUUUGGACUUAUUUAAAAACAGCCUCCUGAUAUCAGUAAACUUAGCUAAAAUUUUAAAAAAUAAUCAGACUUCUUCAGUAAAUUUAUCACUUGGUUAAAGGAUCCAACUACUUUUGAUAGGCCUGUUUGA